AUGGGAAACAACUGGGAAGAACCGCUUCUUGACGUUCAUCAUCGUGAAGAACACGAGAACAAGCUUCGCUUUGUUGAAAACUUCGGCAUAGAAUCAAAGAAGCUGUGGAAGAUAGCCGGUCCGGUAAUUCUGACAGCAGUUUGCCAAUACUCGGUGUCUGCCAUCACCCUCACAUUCGCAGGCCUUGUUGGGGAUCUUGACCUUGCCGCGGUUUCAGUUGGCAACUCAGUCAUUUCUGGUCUUGCAUUCGGACUACUGUUGGGAAUGGGAAGUGCAUUGGAGACGCUAUGUGGACAAGCAUUUGGUGCUGGACAGAAGGGGAUGCUGGGCGUAUACAUGCAAAGAUCAUGGCUCAUUUUGCUUGCCACUGCCACCAUUUUGCUUCCUGUUUACAUCUUUGCUCCUCCGGUUCUGGAAUUUUUCGGAGAGACAGCUGUCAUAUCUGAGGCAGCAGGAAAAUAUUCCUUGUAUCUGAUACCUCAGCUAUAUGCAUAUGCACUCAACUUUCCAAUCCAGAAAUUUUUGCAGGCACAAAGUAAAGUGCUUGUUAUUCUCUGGAUAGCAAUUGUUGUGCUGAUUCUUCAUUGUGUAUAUUGCUGGUUUCUCAUUUUCAAGCUGCGUUGGGGCAUAGUUGGAGCUGCAGUCUCUAUAAACACAUCUCAGUGGCUUCUAGUUAUUGGCCAAUUCUUAUACAUUGUCCUAACCAAAUCGGAUGGAGCUUGGACUGGAUUCUCAUGGCUUGCCUUUCGAGAUUUAUAUGGUUUUUUCAAACUUUCUGUAGCAUCUGCGGUCAUGCUAUGCUUGGAGUUCUGGUAUCUAAUGAUAUUAGUGGUUCUUGUUGGUCGUUUGGAAAAUCCUAUUGUUCCAGUGGAUGCCAUUUCUAUCUGCAUGAAUAUACAGGGAUGGGAUAUGAUGAUUGCAUUGGGGUUCAAUGCUGCCAUAAGUGUGAGAAUAUCAAAUGAACUUGGAGCUGGGAAUGCUGAGGCUGCCAAGUUUGCUGUUGUCGUAGUGACCAUAACAUCAUUGUCCGUAGGGAUUCUUGUGAUGGCAGUUGUACUCGGGACACGAGCCUAUUUCCCGAUUCUUUUUACAAGUAGCGAAGCGGUUGCCAGAGAGACUACCAGAGUGGCAUCCUUACUUGGAGUUACUGUUCUUUUGAACAGUGUUCAACCAGUCUUAUCUGGAGUUGCAAUUGGAGCUGGAUGGCAAUCACUUAUCGCAUACGUUAACAUCGCUUGCUACUACAUUGUUGGACUGCCUGCCGGCAUAUUGAUGGGCUUCACAUUUCAUCUAGGAGACAUGGGAGUAUGGGGUGGGAUGAUUGGUGGCAUUGUUGUGCAAACCAUCGUCUUAGUAAUCAUUGCAGCAGUCAGAAACUGGGAUAAAGAAGCCAGACAAGCUGAAACUCGAAUUAAAAGAUGGGGAGGAACAGCAAAUUCAGAGCAUUUGAUAUCCUAA